CGCGAGGUAGCGGGCGGGUGUUGGGAGUGUCAGGUCAGCGCGUGCGCAGUGGAGUGGCUGGGGGGUGGGCCUGGCGAGGGCAAGCCGCUGGGAGUGGGAGCGCGAGGCAGGUGAGGCGCAACUCCUGGGCUGACCCCCGCCGCCCUCUCCCCAUCCCCCCGCUGCUACCAGAGACCCUGGCCAGCGGCGCCAUGUCUGGGCCGGGGAGCAAGCGGGCGGCUGGGGAUGGGGGAUCAGGGCCCCCUGAGAAGAAAGCCAACCGUGAGGAGAAGACGACCACUACCUUGAUCGAACCCAUCCGCCUGGGGGGCAUCUCCUCCACGGAGGAGAUGGACCUGAAGGUGCUGCAGUUCAAGAACAAGAAGCUGGCGGAGCGGCUGGAGCAGCGCCAGGCCUUUGAGGAUGAGUUGCGCGAGCGCAUUGAGAAGCUGGAGAAGCGCCAGGCCACAGAUGAUGCCACCCUGCUCAUUGUCAACCGUUACUGGAGCCAGCUGGAUGAAAAUGUGCAGGUCCUGCUGAGAGGCUAUGAUGGGGACUGUGAGCCCCCACCCCCUGCAGCCCCUUCUCCCCCCUCCGCAGAGGAACCCAGGCCAGAGCCAAUGGGACCGGACCCCGAGAACACAGUCAGCCCUAGUACUGAGGGCCCAGAUAGGACAGAAACGGCCCCACCUGUUGCGACCCCGUCUGCCUCCUGGAAGGCCGGGGGGCUCCUGCUGAACGAGCCGGCCUUGUCAUUCCUGGCCACGCUGGCCAGCAGCAGCAGCGAGGAGAUUGAGCUGCAGCUGCAGGAACGCAUGGAAUUCUCCAAGGCCGCCGUGUCCCGUGUGGUCGAAGUCUCCAACAAGAUCCACCGGCGCACGGAGGAGCUGUGCCAGAAGAUCCACGCCCGUGCUGACUUGGACCAGUUGGAUGAGGCGUUGAAGUCCUUGAACAAAGAGCUGAUGAGAGAGAAUCAGCGGCUGCAGGACUUGGCGAUGCAGCUGCAGGAAAAACACCACAAGAUCUCGCUGGAGUACACAGAGCUACAGGACAAGGUGACGUCGUCGGAGACCAAGGUGCUGGAGAUGGAGACGACGGUGGAGGAUCUGCAGUGGGACAUCGAGAAGCUGCGCAAGCGCGAGCAGAAGCUCAACAAACACCUAGCUGAGGCGCUGGAGCAGCUGAACUCCGGUUACUACGUGUCAGGCAGUUCCGGGGGCUUCCAAGGCGGGCAGAUCACGCUCAGUAUGCAAAAGUUCGAGAUGCUGAACGCGGAGCUGGAGGAGAACCAGGAGCUGGCCAACAGCCGCAUGGCUGAGCUGGAGAAGCUGCAGCAGGAGCUGCAACAGUCUGUCAGGACCAACGAGAAGCUCAAGGUGGCGCUGCGGUCGCUGCCCGAGGAGGCGGUGAAGGAGACCCUGGACUACAAGGUGCUGCAGUCGCAGUUCUCUCUGCUCUACAACGAGAGCCUGCAGGUGAAGACCCAGCUGGAUGAGGCGCGCGCCCUGCUGCUCACCACCAAGAACAGCCACCUGCGCCACAUUGAGCACAUGGAGAGCGACGAGCUGAACCUGCAGAAGAAGCUGCGCACGGAGGUGAUCCAGCUGGAGGACACGCUGGCCCAGGUGCGCAAGGAAUACGAGAUGCUGCGCAUUGAGUUCGAGCAGAACCUGGCCGCCAAUGAGCAAGCGGGUCCCAUUAACCGGGAGAUGCGCCACCUGAUUAGCAGCCUCCAGAACCACAACCAUCAGCUGAAAGGAGACGUGCAGCGAUACAAGCGCAAGCUGCGUGAGGUGCAGGCUGAGAUCAACAAGAUCCGGAUGCAGUCAAGCGGCUUCCCCUGCGGCUCAGCUGUUCUGCCCCCCGCACCUGGGCCGGAGGAGCCGGUGGGCGUGGCCCCGGCCGUGGUGGUGAAGGAGGAGGAGGGGGGCGCGCCUGCCCUAGAGGUGAAGAAGGAGCCGAAGGAGGCAGUGGCGGCUGUGGUGAAGAAGGAGGAGGUAGCGCCCUUGCCCGAAGGGGGGGUGAAGAAGGAGGAGGAGGAGCCGCUCCCACCGGCUCCCCAGCCGCCCCCCCCGCCUCGCAUCAAGGAGCCGCCGGAGCGCCCCAAGGGAAGCCGCGGGGGGGACCGGGAGCGCUCGCGGGACCGCGACAGGGACGGCUCAGCACGCGAGCGUGACCGGCAGAAGAGCAGCGAUGACCCCAAGAAGAAGGACUCAGACCUGCUCAAGCAGCUGCGCGUUGAGCUCAAGAAGGCCCAGGAGAGCCAGAAGGAGAUGAAGCUGCUGCUGGACAUGUACAAAUCAGCCCCCAAGGAGCAGCGGGACAAGGUGCAGCUCAUGGCCGCCGAGAAGAAGACCAAGGCCGAGGUGGAGGAGCUGCGAGGGCGGGUGCGGGAGCUGGAGGAGAAGGAGAAGAAGGAGAGCAAGAAGAUGGCGGACGAGGACGCCCUGCGCAAGAUCAAGCUGGCGGAGGAGCAGAUUGAGCACCUGCAGAAGAAACUGGCUGCUACCAAGCAGGAGGAGGAGGCCCUGCUGUCGGAGAUGGACGUGACGGGCCAGGCCUUCGAGGACAUGCAGGAGCAGAACAUGCGCCUCAUGCAGCAGCUGCGUGAGAAGGACGAUGCCAACUUCAAGCUCAUGUCCGAGCGGAUCAAGUCCAACCAGAUCCACAAGCUGCUGCGUGAGGAGAAGGACGAGCUGGCGGAUCAGGUGCUGGCCCUCAAGUCACAGGUGGACGCCCAGCUGCUGGUGGUGCAGAAGCUGGAGGAGAAGGAGCGGGUGUUGCAGGGGAACCUGGGCACGGUGGAGAAGGAGCUGACCCUUCGUAGCCAGGCCCUCGAACUCAACAAGAGGAAGGCGGUGGAAGCGGCUCAGCUGGCCGAGGACCUGAAGGUGCAGCAGGAGCACGUUCAGUGCAAGCUGAAGGAGAUCCAGGCCUGCAUGGCCGAGAACCGCGCUGCCAAGGAGAAGGAGUCCUUCAACCUCAAGAGGGCCCAGGAGGACAUCUCCCGGCUGCGGCGCAAGCUGGAGAAGCAGAAGAAGGUGGAGGUGUACGCCGACGCUGACGAGAUACUGCAGGAGGAGAUCAAGGAGUACAAGGCCAAGCUGACUUGUCCCUGCUGCAACACACGCAAGAAGGACGCGGUGCUCACCAAGUGCUUCCACGUCUUCUGCUUUGACUGCGUCAAGACGCGCUACGACACCCGGCAGCGCAAGUGCCCCAAGUGCAACGCUGCCUUCGGCGCCAACGACUUCCACCGAAUCUACAUCAGCUGAGCGCCUGCAGUCCCCCUUCCCAGCCCAUCCCCUAGCCCUCCGUUCCACAGCUCCCCCUCCAGCAGCCACAGGGCGGUCCCCUCCCUCCUGCCCUCUGCAAUCCGCUCAGCAGGUGCUGCCAGGAUUCACUUGACCCAUCCCUGUGCAUCCCACCCAAGUGAUGCCUGAUCCCCUGAGGAUCUGCUCCUCCCCCAGGCUCUGCUCCGUGCUCACUCUGGGUUCUGCAGGGGGCUGGUCUCCUCCCUCUAAUAUUUGAACCCCGGUGAGAGCCCCGUUGGGCCGAGAGGAUGCCCUUGGGGGUGAAGGGUCUCAGGGCAGCAUCUGACUGUGGGGGGAG